UCCAGCUGAGGGGAAGAUCCAAAUAGCAGCAUUUGCUCAGGGGCAAAAAUCAAAGAGAUAAAACCAAACUGGAAAAAACGAAAUACUUAUUCAUUUGCGACUUCUAUCUUAUUGGUCUUGUGAUAUCCAAACACGAAGAGGAUGAGAGGCUCUCUGUUGCUGCUGCUCAUACUGACAGCUUAUAUCCAGUCUCUGUGUGCGUCAGACAGUUGCCGUGAGGAGGCGGCUCGUCUGCGGGAGCGGGAGAAUCUUCUGAAGGGCCAACUUCAGAAACAAGAGCUCCUUCUGCACAGAUUACAGCUCCUGAACCAGCCUCGCAACAACAAAGUCAGAGGUGACCAGAGCCAGGACAGACAGUAUGCAGAUUGCUCCCAGGUCUUCAGCGCUGGCCACAAAUCCAGUGGUUUAUACAGAAUCAAAACCAAUGACAGCCCUUCUCCAGUCCAAGUGUACUGUGAUAUGAGCGACGGAGGUGGUUGGACCAUCAUACAGAGACGGAUCAGCGGAGCUCGGACAUUUAACAGGUCAUGGGAAGAGUACAAGAAUGGUUUUGGGGACAUGGAUGCAGAAUUUUGGCUCGGAAAUGACAACCUGCAUUACAUCACCGAACAAGGGAAUUAUACUCUGAGAAUCAACUUGGAAGAUUUCGAUGGUAACCAGCGCUACGCUGAGUACAAGAACUUCAGAGUCACGGAUGAAAAGGAUCACUAUCGCCUUAGCUUUGGAGUCUAUGUAGGUACAGCUGGAGAUGCUCUUUCUGGAACCUAUCAGGUUGGGGUUUCAGACUGGGCCAGCCACCAAGGCAUUAAAUUUAGCACCUAUGACCAGGACAACGAUAACUACAAGGGAAACUGUGCCGAAGAAGACAAAGGAGGCUGGUGGUUCAACAAGUGUCACUCAGCCCAUCUCAAUGGCAGAUACUAUCCCAGUGGGUACUACAACUCUGUAACAGAUGAUGGUGUAGUUUGGUACACUUGGAGAGGAUGGUGGUACUCUCUGAAAACCAGCAUCAUGAAGCUGAGACCCACUGCCUUCGAAAUUGAUCCCAUUGAUGACCCCAAUGUGGUUCAUCGCAGCCCCAAUUCACAGGCCGAAGAAGAUCUCAAAUCAAUUGUGGGCAGAAACUAAUUAGAAAACAGUACUUUUACAGUAAUACUGUAAACAUUUUUUCCUGUUUUAUUGGACUAUAUCUUAAUGGUAAAUGGCAAGUAGAGAAGUAAAAAGUGGAUUAACUCGAAUUCAUUAUUUUUCCUAUACCGGUAUUGGGAAUAUAAAAAUAAACAACCCUUCUUAGCUUAUCUUAGUAGGAGAUGCUUAUGAAAUGCCUGUUUUAUAGCUCCAUGUUACAAGAGGAAGUAGAAUGCACACACAGCUAUCUGUUUUGGUGGAGAAAAGGGGAAUCUGAUGUCAGUGUGUGUGCCAGACACAGGCGCAAACAUUGAAGUGAAAGGAGCCAUUAUCAUGUCACUGAAAAUAGUUGUAAGAGGAGUUGAUGUUGUCAUAAAGUCAUACAGACAGAGAAGAUAGACAACAUAGCACUGAAGCCAAUGCUAUUUCUUUGGCACACACAAACAGUCUGCCCCAGGGCAGCUGUGGCUACAACUGUAGCUGCCUCCACCAGUGUGUGAAUGUGAGAGUGAAUGAAUAGUGGAAUUGUACAGCACUUUGAGGGCCCCGAAAAGCGCUAUAUAAAUGCAAUCCAUUAUUAUUAUUAUUAUUAUUAUUAUUAUUAUUAUUAUAAAUAGAGGCUUAAAAAUACUAUGCAUGGACUGUUAUCCACUUACAGGCUGUGGACACACUGUCAACUCCAUAUUCCUCUUAUUUGAAUUAUAACCAUGAUUCCAGAAAUAAAACUUGCAAGUCCUCCCUGUUAUUUCAUAAUGCUGAAUUAACUAAUUGUGUUGUUCUAAUGCUGUUGUAUUUGUUUCUAUUCUUUUAUUAAAAACGUUAAAUAUCAAA